AAACGGUCGACUCGGGCUCCCUACCUGUCGUCUGCUGAGGUCACGGACAAGACGUCCCAUGUGGUCAACGCUGACGUCAAGACCGGUGACAACCGGCAAGUCUUCGGUCUUUGCUGCUCCUCUUCCGGUCACGUGCCACCCACGGAGGCUGGACACGUGACAUGGGUGGAGGCGCCAUCAGGUGUAGAGGGUGAAGAGGAAGGGAAGCGACACCACACGGCGUUGGAGAAGCAGCUCGGGAUACAGUACACGGUGACGGACGUGCCGCCUGUCUACAUGUGCGUCCUCUUCGGGCUUCAGCAAGUUCUGCUGAGCAUAAGCUCUACCAUUUCCAUCCCCCUCAUCGUCAGUCGUCUCAUCUGCGCCGACGUAACCCUGGUCAAGUCGGAGAUCAUGUCCACCUUCCUCUUCAUGUGCGGGUGCGAUGCAAUGAUAAGUUUGACAUUUUUAUUCAGGCUUCCCAUCAUCCAAGGUGGCUGCCACAAGUUUAUUCCAGCCAUCGCUGCUCUAAUGUCUUUACAGAUGUGGAGAUGUCCUGAUAUGGAGGCUUUGACAAACGCCAAUGCAACUGAAGAAAUCACUGAAGCAUGGCAGAGCAGAAUGCGAGAGAUUCAAGGCGGCAUCAUGACAGCGUCUCUAGCCCAGGUAAUCAUCGGCUGCACGGGCAUGCUGGGACUGCUGCUGGAGUACCUGGGCCCCAUCACUGUCGUCCCCACCAUCCUUGUCGGGCUGUCGCUGGUGGACGUGGCUCUCCAGUUCUGCCAGAAACACUGGGGCAUCACGGCGCUGACUGUCGGUCUCGUGUUCCUCUUUUCUCUGUACCUCCGCAACGUCAGGGUACCCUUCCCUUCAUGCAGCAGGGCAAAAGGCUGCCGACUCAAGUACCCCAUCUUCAUGUUACUUCCGGUGAUCCUGGCAGUGGUCCUCUCAUGGGGAUUUUGCGCCAUCUUGACCGCAACUAACACCCUCACAGAACCGGGUGUGCGCGCUGAUUCAAAAGUCGAAGUCGUGAAAAUAGCUAGAUGGUUCUUCUUUCCCUACCCUGGUCAGUGGGGGAUGCCCACAGUCAGUCUCGCCAGCUUCAUGGCCAUGCUUGCCGCCACCAUCACCUCCAUCAUCGAGUCCGUGGGCGAUUACUACGCAUGCGCACGCAUCUCGGGAGUUCCGCCUCCGCCUGCGCACGCUGUCAACCGCGGCAUCGCCAUCGAGGGCUUGGGCAGCCUGAUUUCCGGUGCAGUGGGGUCAGGGGGUGCAACGACCUCGUACAGCCAGAACGUAGGCGCCAUCGGCUUCACGAAGGUGGCGAGUCGCUGGGCGUUCGUGGCCGCAGGUAUCAUAUUCCUGGUCAGCGGGCUGUGCGGCAAGUUUGGCGCCUUCCUGACCAUGCUUCCAGACCCAGUGCUGGGGGGCAUAGUACUGGUCAGCUUCGGCAUGGUCACCUCCGUGGGGCUCUCCAACCUCUCUUUCGUCGACCUUUCCUCGGGUCGCAACCUUUGCAUCAUCGGCUCCUCAUUGCUGGUGGGCCUCAUGGUACCCCGCUACCUGGCCGACCACCCGGACGCCAUUCAGACAGGUAACAGCGAUCUGGACCAGGUGCUAAAGGUGCUAAUGGGUACAGCAAUGUUCGUGGGCGGCGUCCUGGCUUUCUUCCUCGACAACACUGUUCCAGGCACGCCAGAAGAGAGAGGCAUCAUAAAAUGGCGACAGAUUGCGGACCUCACAGACUCCAGCCAGUCCUCAGACAACGACCACAUCACGGCCAACCUCUACGGCUUUCCGUGCCUGGCCGCCUGCCUACGUCGUAUUACGUGCUGCAGAUACGUCCCCUUCAUGCCCACCUUCGCCUUCAGACGGUGCUCUCCCUUCAAGAGGUUGUGUCGGAUGUUACGAGGUCGCUCGUCAACAGAUCACUGAUGAUGGCUUCAUUGCUAGAUUUUUGACUUAUACAAAUCGCAAACCAUACAUACCAAUCUGUAUUUCAUCCAUGGAUGUCCUUUAUAAUGUCAUCCGUGGACACGAAGAAUGAUCUCGUGUUGGCUGAUUGCUCAUGUUACUGCCAAUGACAUUAUCUGGUUUAUGUAUCAUUAGCAUUAUCCAAGUCUUCGUUUAAUUGUCCUUAUCCAGAUAUCCUCUGAAUUGUCCUUGUCCAGUAUCCGUAUUGAAAUAGUUUCCGUUUCUUUUGUAAUAUUCAAGUCUCUUUUUCCUAAUAAUAAUUCAGGUCUGUUUGUUCUGACAUUAUCAAGGGAUUUGUUUUAUUAUUAUCCGGGUCUCGUCUCAUCGACACGAUCCAGUUGUCCGAACGAUCGACAUUAUUCAUCUGAAUCACCUACCUCACAAAGGUGCACGGAAAGCUCUAAUUUUUAUUGUCUGCAGUAUGAGCCGCAGGAUAAAGUGUAAAAUUUUAUUGAUAUAAAACUGGAAUUACUGUAGGCGAUGUAAUGGAAGCUGACAAUAUUGUGACUGCUAGCAUUCAUACAGCAUGAAGCUUACUAGGUAAACUAGGGAAGUUAAGACAAAUAUCUUGACCUCGCGAAUAUUGUUUUAUCCCCAGGGAAUCUUCAGGAGAUAACAACCAGUGUUUCUUGCAGACUCCAUUUGUUUUGAUGAUAGUGAUGAUUAGUUAAUGUUGCUAUUAUUUAGUGUUCACUUGCCUUUCACGGUGUUCACACGGUUAUGCAAUUUUUCAGUGUUAAAACUGUCGUGCAGUCUUUCAAGCCAGAAUGUUUUUCGCUAUAUCCAGAACAAUUGUCUGUCUGUCUGUCUGUCUGUCUGUCUGUCUGUCUGUCUGUCUGUCUGUCUGUCUGUCUGUCUGUCUGUCUGUCUGACGCACUCUCAUGUACGCACGCAUAAGCACCUACACACAUACACAGGUAAGCAUGCACAAAUAUGCACACCUCCUCCUCCUCCUUCUUCUCAUCCCUUAACUACAACAGGAGGUACCAGUCGUGGAGGACGCAGCGUGGAUGAACUCACGCCUGAGGGGCCGGUCACGUGCCCACGAGACAAGGUCUCCCAAUGAAAAGCCGGUCUAUCCUUCACAGCUCACCCAUAUUCCCACCCACCCCCACCCACGUACACACAGUCACACCCACACACACAUACCCCCAAGCAGAGAAUAUACACACUCGUAUCAAGGUCCAAAGUGUGUUUUAUAAAGAUUAUAUAACAGAGAUAAAUGGUAAUCCAUUUAUGAAUUUAUUAUACAAAUCUUACGCUAUUGCAAUCGUAUAUGUUUGUU